AUUAGAUAGGACCAAAUAAAAAUGUGCUAUUUAGCUAAAAUAUCACAAUAUCAGUGUGAUUGCCAGGGUUAACAUUGAAGACAAUUACUUUGAAACGUGCGAAACAUGUCUGACAAAAGAGGUAUUAGUGAUGGAGAAAAGCAGAUGGGUCGCAUUUAUAUGCUUGGCGAGAAACAUUCUGGUCUGAAACCAAGAGGACCACUUCAAAAUUAUGAAAAACUGAAGAAACACUGCAUUGAAAAUGGUGUUUUAUUCGAAGAUUCUCAGUUUGACCCAGAAAAGGUUCGAAUGGCUGAAAACAUCGAGCAAGCAAAAAUUAAAAUCGAAUGGUUGAGACCAACGGAAAUUACAAAUAGUCCAUUAUUUAUUGGUCAGAAUGAGGAUAGAUUCGAUGUGAAUCAAGGAACUCUAGGUGACUGCUGGUUUUUAGCAGCAUUAGCAAAUGUUACUUUGAAUUCAGAGCUCAUGCAAUUCAUUGUACCAGGCGAUCAAAGUUUUGAUCAUGAUGACUAUGCUGGUAUUUUCCAUUUCAGAUUUUGGCAAUAUGGGCGCUGGAUAGACAUUGUGGUAGAUGAUAAACUUCCCACAUACGAUGGAGAGCUCAUUUAUGUGAAAGCAAAAGACUCCAAUGUAUUCUGGACAGCUCUUUUAGAAAAAGCAUAUGCAAAGUUGUAUAUAUCGUAUGCAAACAUCGAAGGUGGCCUUGUUUCAGAAGCCUUAGAAGAUCUGACUGGGGGCCUUUCUGAAUCAUAUUUUGAAUUAAAGAAGAAUAACGAGGCGUUUAACUUUUUUGAUAUGAUGCAGAUAUCCUUUAUGAAAAAUUCAUUCAUGGGUUGUGCUAUUCUAGCGGGUUCCGGAGAAAUUGAGAAAAAAAGAGAUGAUGGUUUGUAUGCAGGACAUGCAUACAGUAUAACUGAUAUAGUAGAGGAGAAAACAAUGUUCGGGGAGUUGUACAAAUUACUCAGAAUAAGAAAUCCAUGGGGCCGAGGAGAAUGGAACGGCGAUUGGAGUGAUUAUUCCAAAAUGUGGGAUUACCUACAAGAUACUAAAAGACAAGAGCUACUAUCACGAAAAGAAGACGGUGAAUUUUGGAUGCAAUUCGAACAAUUCAUUGAGGAUUACACUUUACUAGAGUUCUGCCAUAUGGAUCUAGAUAUUUACAAGAGAUCACAGGAUGUUACGACUUCCUGGGAAAAGCAUCUGCUAGAGGGAGCUUGGGUUGCUCAAGUUAGCUCAGGAGGACUACCAGAUAAUGAAGAUUUUCUCAAGAAUCCGCAGUACAUACUCUCAUUGAAUGAUGAGGAUACAUCUAAAGUUCACAGACUUCUCAUUGGAUUGAUGCAGAAAAACCGGAGAAUUCAAAAUAAUCAACCAGCGCUCACCAUUGGAUUCGCCAUAUUCUCGUUGGAAGAAAUUCCUGAGAAAAAGCAAUUAUUGAGUCAGGAUUCGCUGAAAAAUAGAAUAUUUGUAUCCCGUAUUCAAUGUGUGAAGCAAAUCACUGGUCAUUUGGAUUUGAGCAAUGGAAUUUAUUGCAUUGUUCCAUUUGCAGAAAACUCAAGCUCUAGCUGUGAGUUUUUGCUGAGGAUAUUUUCCAGUGUUCACAUUGAUGUGGAAGAGAACGAUGAAGAGGUGAAGCUGAUAGAACCCGAUAUGUCAUUAGAAAGAGAUCACGUGGAUAGUUCAACUCUUGAUAAUCCGAUUAGAGAGAUCUUCAAGAAUCACGCUGACGAAAAAAACGAAGAGAUAUCUUGGAAAGAAUUACAUUCUAUACUGCAAAAGAGUGGUACAACGUUUUCUCGUGAAAUCUGCCGUAGUAUGGUGGCACUUGUUGAUUCCGAUCGAUCUGGAACUUUGAAUAUCCACGAAUUUUUUCACCUAUGGGAGCAACUGCUAUUCUGGAGGGGUGCUUUCGGUACUUUUGAUUUUGAUAACAGCAACUGCAUAUCGGCUAGCGAACUUCGUGAAGCUCUCAGAUCAGUGAAUAUACAAGUGACUAAUCGUAUUAUUGACAUGCUCUUGAUCAGAUUUGGAAAUGGUGAAGGUGGGAUGGAAAUGCAGGAUUUCAUUCAUUGUUGCAUUAAACUGAAUAUGAUGAUAGAAAAUUAUUCAAACUAUAAAGGAGAAUCUAGUUUAGAAGAAUGGUUAUUGGAUACGAUCUAUUCAUGAGCACGUAACAUAUCCUUAGACCUUUAGAACACUCCAAAAUGAUUUCAAUUAUAGAAAUUAUAUCAAUAACAUAAUAA